AUGCCUCCUCCAGACUCCCCCCACCCGGUCGUCGUCCACAUACACACCCACAUGUACCCGCCGUCAUACAUCAAACUGCUCUCCUCGCGCACCACGGUCCCCUACAUCCACCAGCCCACCGAGACGCCCGACGCCGAUCCACGACUCAUCAUCCUCGCGUCCGACGACGAUCCGUCUCGGCCCAAAUCCUCGCGGGGCAGGCCCGUCGACAGCACCUACUCGUCGUUUGACCAGAAGCGGGCGUUUAUGCGCCGGCACGGCAUCUCGUGCAGCGUCGUCAGCCUGGCGAACCCGUGGCUCGACUUCCUCGACCCGGCCACCGCCCUGCAAACGGCCCAGGAAAUCAACAAUGACCUCGACGCGGCGUGCGCUGAGAAUAAUAGCGUUGCUUCAGCCUCGCACGACGGACUGAAACUCUACGCCUUUGGCUGUCUCCCCUUGUCCGCCCCGGCAAAGGACAUUGUCAGCGAGAUCCACCGACUCAAGUCGCUCCGCCACGUCAAGGGCGUCAUUAUGGGCACGACGGGCUUGGGCAACGGCCUCGACGACCCGGCUCUGGACGACGUCUACUCGGCCCUGGCCUCGACCGCGACCUUGGUCUUCCUGCACCCGCACUACGGCCUGCCAGACUCGGCCUUUGGCGGGCCCGACGUCGUCGCAAAGUCCGGCCAUGUCCUGCCUCUGGCACUGGGGUUUCCCCUGGAAACGACCAUCGCCGUCUCGAGGAUGUACCUUUCGGGCGUCUUCGACCGCCAUCCACAAUUGCAGUUUCUUCUGGCUCAUUCUGGCGGCACCCUGCCCUUCCUGGCGGGGAGGAUCGAAUCUUGUGUCGCCCACGAGCGGGAAUUCAUCGCCAACGGCGGCCAUCGGCAGGGUCCCCAACGCUCAAUUUGGGAUGUGCUGCACACAAACAUCUACCUUGACGCUGUCAUUUACGGACAACCGGGGCUGAAAGCCGCUAUCGAGGCGGCAGGCAGCGUGGAUCGAGUCAUGUUCGGAACCGAUCACCCUUUCUUCCCGCCACUCGGGGAUGACAAGGAGGCAAAGUGGUUGAGCGUGGAGAGUAAUAAAGGGGCCAUUGAUGACUGCUUACCAGAAGACGAGGCCGCAAAGAAAAAGAUCUUGGGUGGAAAUGCCAUCAGAGUGCUCGGUCUAGACUUAUAA